AAGUUGGGUUGCAACCUCAAUAUGCGCCGCUCUCAUCCGUCACUAGCUCUCUGUUUUCACAAUUAUUCGUAUAAGAGGGUAGACCAACUCUCGCUGAGUACUCUGACUCGACCACGGACAGCCCUCUUUGCUCCGUGAUAUCAUUCCCCGGCGGCUGAUAAGUCACCAGAAGCCUCCUGUACAUCCAGUCCGUUAGUCCUACAGCUACAUUUCGCGACUAGUAGACAUGAAGAAGAAGGUGUUACUUAUGGGUGCAUCGGGAAGCGGAAAGACGUCGAUGCGUUCCCUCAUAUUUUCAAACAAUCCUGCAUCUCUAACAGCACGACUGGGGGCCACCGUAGAUGUCGAGCAGAACCAUGUGCGUUUCCUCGGAGACCUCAUUCUCAACCUUUGGGACUGUGGUGGCCAAGACUCAUUCAUGGAUUCCUACCUCUCUACUCAACAAUCCACCAUUUUCUCGCACGUUGGCGUCCUCAUAUAUGUAUUCGAAGUCGAGAGUCGCAACAUGACCAAAGACUUGGAAUACUAUAAAGAUUGCGUGAGGGCGUUGAGGAAGUACAGUCCGGAAGCUGCUGUGUUCUUGUUAGUACAUAAGAUGGAUUUGGUUAGGGGGAAUAAGGUGCAGGUUUUGGAGAAGAAGAGCAAGGAAUUGAGAGUGGCGAGCGAAGAUACACCUAUCACGGUGUUUGGGACGAGUAUCUAUGAUGAGAGCUUGUAUAAGGCAUGGUCACGAAUAGUGCACACAUUAAUCCCAAAUGCUGCAGUACUCUCGAAACACCUCACGACCCUUGCCGCCGCAUGCAGCGCAACAGAAGUAGUGCUCUUCGAACGUACCACAUUUCUCGUAAUCGCCACCUCCACACCAUCAACACCAUCCACUUCCUCCAUCCCCUUUUCCCAAUCUCACACACCCUCUGAGUCACUCCAAUCCACUCAAUCCACUCAAUCCAUACCACAAAGCUCGACCCCAACCACCUCAUCCCAGUCUACAGGUAUCAGUUAUACAAGCGAUCUCUACAACGGGCAGGAUGGUGUAUACGAUUCUGGCCCACAUAAAAUGGACCCGACACGGUACGAACGGACGUCGGAAUUGAUCAAGGCGUUCAAACUUUCGUGUGCGAGGGUACGAGAGGAUUUCCAUGCACUUGAGAUGGAGUUACCGGAGUUUACAGCGGUGUUGGACGAGCUAACCAAGAAUACUUAUGUUCUGAUCGUCGUACAUGAUCCUUCAAUUGAGACCGCCGCCUUAAAGUUAAACGUUAGGCUUGCUAGGAGAAAGUUCGAAGAAUUACAGGGUGAUAGUCUGGUGUCGUAAACUACACGUUCCUGAUCCCUUCUUCGUGCGUCAUCGUGUUGAUUCUCUCACUUAUCAUUUUGUUGCUGUUGUCGUCCACGCUGUCGUGAUACCCAGUGAUGAUAUGUCCUCUAUAUGUAUCUUUAGCUCGUUCGCGGAUGGAUGUAUUUAUUGCUUUCCGACACGGC